CCUGCCCUCCCUCAACAGGCUUGGGCAGGAACGGCUGGGGGCGGGCGGAGGAGCGAAGGGGCGCCCUGGGCGGGGAGGCUCCUCUUCUCUCCUCCCGCGGAGAAGCCAUGGCUCUCCUGGGCCGCCUGGGAGCCUUCCUGCAACGGGCCGUGGAGACGGAGGAGCCGCGCCUGGACCUCCCGGCCGCCUUCACGGACCACUGGAAGGGCAUCACCCACUAUUACCUGGAGACCACCGAUGAAAACAAGCCAGCAAAAGAGACGGACAUCCCCUGGCGCUUGAAACAGAUGCUAGAUAUCCUAGCGUACGAGGAGAAGCAGCAGCCAUCGGGGGAGACAGGACCCUGUUUGGAGUACUUGCUUCAACACAAAAUCCUGGAGACCCUCGGCACUCUGGCAAAAGCAGAGUAUCCCACGGGGAUGAGGUCUCACGUGCUCCUCUUCUUCAGCCGCUUGCUGGGACAAAUGCAGUGCCCUCUGCUGCAUUACCUGAACGUGUACAGGCCUGUUCAGAAACUCCUCCACCUUGGGAACGAUGCGCUAGGCUCUGAGCCUGAGAAGGAAAUGAUGCAGUUUGUUGCUGCCCUGUGUACCAAGAUCAAACAGGAUCCAGCCCUGCUGCCCUACGUUCUAGAGGGCAAGGAUGUGGCAAGUGGGCAGAAAGUGGACCAGGCCUUCCAACCUCAGGGAGCAGAGCCUGCCUUGGACCUUUCCCAGACCCUUCCCGCCCCUGUAGAGCAGGACAGAAGACUGUGCCCAGAGGAAGCUUCCUGCGAGGUGCGGCUUGUGGAACCAGCCUCCUCUGCCCCAAACCUGGUGACCUCCCUCAUCGGCUUGUGCAAGAGCAAGAGGAGGAAGGUUGCCCUCAAAGCUCAGGAGAACCUUCUGCUGCUCACCAGCAUCGACCACCCAGCAGCUGCCCUGGCUCUGGCGAGAGGCAGCAGGCUUUGCCCCCUGGUGGCUGACCACCUCUGCAUGCUGUGCAAUGCCAUCCCAGCCACCGUCAACCCUGCCGAUGUCACUACGCUUCAGCCGGUCAGCUGGAGGCUUCAGGGCAGCUGCGUUGAGGAGAACGCCUUCCCAGGCCAGGCCAGCCUGGAGGCUUUCUUUGCCUGGCUCGAUCUCUGUGAUUGCCUAGCGAAAGAGGCCCACCCGGUUGUGGCAGCUGCUGUAAGUGAGAUGGUGGCUCAGAGGUUCUUCCAGGGAGUCCUGCAGUCCCAGCUCCUGCAAAUGUCAGAACGCGGCAUCCUUCUCUCGACAGCUGUCCUGACUGCCUUGGUAAGACACAUCCGCUCUCCUGCGCUCCUCCAGGAAUUGGUUGGGUUUGUGCUGGGAACCAAGGAAGAACCUGCAGUGCCCAAGGAUGCAGGCCACCAGCCGCAACACCUCCUCUGCUCCCAACUGAUUGAGCGCUGCAACCACCUGUCUGACGAGAUCAGUAUGGCCACCUUGAGGCUGUUUGAAGAGCUGCUGUGGCUUCCGGAUCGCCGCGUCAUGCAGCACCUGGUCCUGGACCACCUGGAGGAUCGCAGCUACCUCCUGAGAAGCCCACCUGGGCAGGAGGAGCCCCUUGCUCGUGAGCAAGAGCCCUGCGAGGAUGGGUUAGAACUGGAGGAGGAUCCCUACUUCAUUGACGGGUUCCCAGGCGCCAGCUUCCAGGUCUCUACCAAGCCGGGCGUCCCUGCCCCAAAGCAGCAAGCCCAGCCUGAGGACGUGAAGGAGGUGGUCAGCAGCUUCCUCUGCCUGGUUCCCAGUGAAGCAAAGACCUCUGCCUACCUGGAAGAGGCCGGAUAUGACACCUAUGUCCACGAUGCCAGUGUGCUGUUCCAGGAAUGUUGUACCAAGGCGUCUCGCUGGCAUUGGCCAAAGGCCCCUCGGCCCCCGGAGACCUGCUCUGCCAGCACCAGCUUCUACGAGGGCCGUUUCUUGGAAGUGCUGUUUGACCGGCUGAUGCGCAUCCUGGACCAGCCCUACGCAGUGAACCUGCAGGUGACGUCGGUGCUGUCCCGCCUGGCUCUCUUCCCCCACCCUCACCUCCACGAGUACCUCCUGGAUCCCUACUUGCCUCUGGCCCCCGGCUGCAGGACCCUCUUUUCCGUCCUGAUCAGGGUGAUUGGAGACCUAAUGCAAAGGAUCCAUCGGAUACCAAACUUUCCCACCAACUUGCUGCUGGUCCGGAGGUGGCUGAUGGGGCUGGUCCCUGCUGAAGAACAACAGAUCGGCCAUCGUACCCUCCUGGAGGGGGUGGUUGUCCUCGAAGAAUUCUGCAAGGAGCUGGCCGCCAUCGUCUUUGUCAAGUCCGUGCGCGAGGUCUCCGCCUGACGUUCCAAGGGGCGCGCUGCAUCUUUUGGAUCCUACACUUCUCCAGGAACAGCUGGGGUCUGGCAAGGGCACUUAUGGCAACUCUAGAGGCACUUUGCAGGCUCCUAAGACCUGGGUUGCAGCAGUCGCUGGUUGCCUUCAUGAGGGGAGAGCAGAGGCAGGCCCCCUGUGCUUGAAGGGCUGCCCUGGAUCCCCACGCCAAGCCCCCACAGCAAAAGUCUCAGAAGUCAGGCUGUGACAAGGCGAGACCUAGCUCUUCCUGAGACCUGCUCCAGUUGUGAUUUCAGAGCAGCCAUGGCUCCCUUUCUCCCUGCAGGAGCCUAGAGCCCCUUCAUGUAGCACCUUGGGGCAGUCUGGUACGGAAGAUACUAAAGGCUCCUCCUGGACUUUCUGGGUUUUUAAUCUCUGGCUUGUUUUAUUUAAUGAUGUUUGCCCAAUGGGAAAGGGGGGCAGGCAGGGUGACCGAAAGCUGCUUUGUGAAAGGAAGAAUCUUCCUACUACCCAUGGCUGGGCGUUUGGUGCUCUGAGGUGGUGGGGCCUCCUGCCUCAGUUCUGACCCUCUCUGCAGGCUGGUAAGGCCAGGCCAAGAGGGGGAGACACAGAUAUUUUCUUCUUCUGCCCCUCUUGCCUGAUUGAUCUGUCCUGUCGCAACUCCUCAGGAAAAGAGCCCUUUCCCUUUCAUUUUUACUUUCUAUUCUAACAGAGUGUCUGCUAACCUUCCUCUCGUCAGCUGCAACUUAACCCCUUCCCAAAGAGCCUUUCUCAACGUUGGUCCCCCGGAUGGUGUUGGACUACAGCUCUCCUCAUCCUUAGCUUGCAGGACCAGUUGUCAGGGAUUGUGGGAGUUGUAGUCCAAUAGCAUCUGGAGACCCAAGGUUGAGAGAGGCUGGGUCAUAGGGUGGGAUAGGACCUGGGAGACCAGGGUUUGAAUCCCCACUCAGCCAUCAAUGAAGCUCACUGGGUGUGAUCUUAGGCCAGUCACUGCCUCUCAGCCUCUCACGGUUGUUGUUGUUGUGGUUGGGAUUAAAUGAGGGAGAGAAGGACCACGUGUACCGCCUUGAGCUCCUUGGAGGAAAAGGUGAGCUAUUCGUUUCAAUAUGUAAAUAAAUAAAUGCCACCUGUUGACCCAAGAGCAGCCCUGGCUGGGGAAGGCUCCACCCCCCCAUGGCCAGGCAUAGCAUCCAGGCCGUUGUGGGUCUAAAGACUCUUUUUAAGUGCAAUACAUGUGAGGAGGGAAUCUGCCCCCCCCCCGUAAGCUGGGAAGCUUUGCUCACGCUCAUGUUUAGGACCUGUGGGAAGUUGCUGAGCCCCCUUUUCUCAUUUACGAACAAGAAGGACACACAGAAACAAACAGUAGAACAUGAAGGAAA